AGGUAACGUUCGCCGCCAUUUUAACAGCACCGCCCUACCCACUUUACAGUCACAUUGCUUCAGUUUUCUUUUUUGCCCUUAAAACCCUGAAAAACUAAAAACUUCUUGUCUUCAAACGUUUCCUAAUUGUCUUGCAUCUGUAGUUUUUGUAUUUUUACCCCCCACGCGAGAGAAUGGCGACUGUGUACCCAUACAUUUGGAUCGUCAUCGUCGGCGCCUUCGUCUCCUUCUUGACGGGCGCCGGCGUGGGCAUGAAUGACCUGAGUAACGCCUUCGGUACCACCUACGGAGCGAAGGUGCUGACACUCACGCAGAUCGUCAUCCUGGCCUCCAUCUGCGAGUUCGCCGGCGCCGUCUCGCUCGGUGGCGCCGUGACGGCGACGAUUUCGGGCGGCAUCGCGAACCCCAGUGACUUCGCCGACCACCCGUACAUCUUCAUGUAUGGCAUGUUGUGUGCAUGCGGUGCUGCCUUUUGCUGGCUCGCGCUCGCGACGUGGCUGACGCUGCCCGUCUCGUCGACGCACAGCAUCUGCGGUGGUGUGAUCGGAUUUGCGCUCGUCUACGGCGGUGGCGGCUCCGUCAGCUGGGCGGACCACCAAGAUGAAUUCCCGUUUGUCGGCGGCGUCGUGCCGAUCAUUGCGUCGUGGUUCAUCUCGCCGCUUCUCACGGGUGCCGUUGCGGCCAUAAUUUACGGCUCCGUGCGCUUCCUCGUUCUGCGCCCCGCCAAUUCGGUGCAGCGCGCCAUCUACUCGCUGCCCAUCAUCGUCACCAUUGCGUUUUUCCUGGAGGCCUUCUUUGUGCUUUACAAGGGCGCCAAGAGCCGCCUGCACUGGGACGUCAGCAAGGCGGCGUGGGUGGCGGCCGUCAUCGCCGUGGCAGCCGGCGUCAUCUCAUGCGCCUUCAUCCCGCUGUUGAAGCGCCGUGUCGCCCGAAUGGGGAGGAAGGCCGCCGAACUCGCCCAGGCGGAGGGGCGACCGAUGGUGGAUGUGGAGGCGGAGCUGGUGCGCAGCGGCUACGACGACAACGAAGACGAGGGCCGCACCAGCCGUCCUGUCUCGCACCUCACACGCACAGAUGAGGAACCCGCUGCGGCGCGCAUGGACGAGGGGCGCAAGAAGGGCGAGGCGACGACGGGCGACGUUGUGCGUGACGAGGCGGCGGAAGACAGCGACGACAACGUGUCCCUGCCGCCGGCGCAGCCACCCACGGCGAGCGGGCUGGAGGUGCAGAUGUUCAACACGCACGCCGAGAUGGUGUACCGCUUUUUGCAGAUCUUCACCGCCAUCUGCGCCUCGUUUGCGCACGGUGCCAGCGACGUGAGUAACGCGGUGGGCCCGCUGGCGGCCAUCUACUCCGUGUACACCACCGGCACCGUCGCCUCCUCCUCCUCCAUUCCCGUCUGGGUGCUGUGUCUGGGCGGUGCAGGUCUGGUCGUGGGCCUGGCCACCUUUGGUAUCCGCCUCAUGCGCUUGCUGGGCGAGAAGCUGACGGUCAUCACGCCGAGCCGCGGCUUCUCGGCGGAGCUGUCGGCGGCGCUGGUGGUGUCAUUCGCCUCCGGCUACGGCAUUCCCGUCUCCUCCACGCACUGUAUCACGGGUGCGGUGAUUGCGAUCAGCAUGAUGGACGUCGGGGUCUGCCGUGUGCGGUGGAUGAUGGUGCUGAAGAUGUACGGUGGGUGGGUGUUCACGUUGGUCAUCACAGCCAUCAUGUCCGCCACCUUCUUCGCGCAGGGCAUCAAUUCCCCGUCUUUGUAA